UUCUAUGGUUCCUGCUUUACCGACUUUUCAACAUGGUGGUUGCAGUGCCGAAAUCGUGCUAAAAACCAGUGGUUUUCUGCGGUACUACUCAAAGAACAUCUCAAUUUUUGCUAAUCUAAUAGUUGGAAUGUUCUUUUAAUUGUUACCGUACGAAAACUGAUUCAACAUGGCCAGCGUGAAGAAGGAGGUGGUUGAGGAAAAACCGGACAUAAACGCGCUCAAACUGACGGGAAUUAGCCCCGAUUUCACGUCCGAUUCGCUCGAGAUCUGCCCCUAUUCCAGCCAGAAUGACGUGCGAAAAUUCCACAUUUUGGACGAGACCGAAGACUCCGACUCGGAAAAGUCCUUCUCGUGCGAUUCGGACAUUCCGGAUGAGGAAAUCGAUAAAAUGCUCGAAGACGCGCUCAAAAACAACAAACGCAAGGCGUCGGAGGCGGGUUUGGAUGAAAGUGCAGCCAAGCAGCCCUUUGAGGAGAAAGACAAGGUGGUGUUGAUUGAAAAGAGCCAGAAUCAUUUCGAUGUGUUGCCGGAAGGCUGGAUUCAAGUUACACACAACAGCGGAAUGCCCCUUUAUUUGCACAAAAAUUCAAGGGUUUGCACGCUUUCCAAACCCUAUUUUCUGGGCCCGGGUUCAGUUAGGAAACACGAAAUUCCCCUAAGCGCCAUCCCCUGCCUCAGCUACCGUCGCGCACUUGAUUCGGAAAAAACGCAAACGCCCGAAUCGAGCAGCGACUUACCGAACGCACGCAUCGAAACCGUUAAAGAAAACAUCGAAUCGCAAAACCUAAAACCUGAAGAUGUGCGCAAAUACGCGUCGAAACUCUUCCAAUUCAAAACCAUCAAAGUGAUGCGCUUUAAAUCGUGGUCGGAACGCCGCCAAUUCACCAAAAAGCGCAAACACGAACAACAAUUACAGAGACCUAAUUUACCGGCCGGCACCAAAUUGAUCACGUUUCCAAUUCAGCCGAACGAAGCGAGUGAGAACACGAAUUCGAACGCUAAGAAGGAGUGGAUUAUGAAUCCGAACGGGAAAUCGUACGUUUGUAUUUUGCAUGAGUACGUCCAGCAUGCGUUGAAAAAACAACCGACGUAUAAAUUUACAGAGUUGGAAAACGCGGCAACGCCUUACGCUGCCACGGUUUCUAUCAACGAUAUGCAAUACGGAGUUGGCUAUGGAACGAGUAAAAAACAAGCGAAGUCGGAGGCGGCCAGAGCCACCUUGGAAAUUUUAAUUCCCGAAAUGAAGUCCAAAAUCACGACUGAUGCCAAGACGGGGUCGAGUGCCAGUCGCGACCAGGACCAGGACUUGUCGUUUUUCGACGAAAUUCGGAUCGAGGACCCGAGAGUGGCCGAAUUCUGUGCGAAGACGACCGAGCCGUCGCCGCACGAUAUCCUCCUCACUUGCCUGCAGCGUAACUUCGGCCUUAAUGACCUCCAAAUCAGUUACCAAGGCAACACGUUAAAAAAUAAAAAAAAUCAAUUUACCAUGACGGUGGGUAAGCACACUGCGACCGUCGUGUGUAAAAACAAGCGAGAUGGGAAACAGCGGGCGUCGCAAGCGAUUCUCCAAGCUUUGCACCCACAUAUUACGUCAUGGGGGUCACUGUUGCGACUUUAUGGCAACGGAUCGGUGAAAAGUUUCAAAGAGAAGAAGUUGGAAGAGCAAGAAAUUACGCUUUUGCAAAGUAAGGCAGCGAUUAAUUCGCCGAAUUUUGCAAUUUUGGAUAAGCUUAAGUUGGAAUUGUCAAAGUUGAGGGAUAAAAGGACGCAGAUUAAACCGAUUGGGGUUUUUAUACCGACGGAGAGUGAUUCGUUACCGAAAUUGUCGUCGUCUAAUUUGAAAAAUGUCGAUUUGUAGUAGUGACUUGAUGCAAUAAAUAAUGUUGUAUGCAA